GUCUCCCACGGAUCACACGCGAAUCCACAGCACAUAUCCCUCUCUCUAUCAAAUACGCUAUUUGUAGUAACUGCGUGGAUGGUUCGCCCCGGCAUAUUCAAGCCGAGACAUAAGGAGAUCACGCAGUAGAGCCAACCCAGAAGAACCCCAAAAACAAAUAAAGAAAGAAGAAAGAAGAAAGAAGAAAGAAGAAAGAAGAGAGAAGCUGUAGCGUAAAGCAAACAAAAAGCGUCAGCUCAGGAACGAUCUCAUCUUCCAUUUUUCCUCAAGAAUCUGAGCUGCUGGGUUGAUAUAUGUGCAUUUGUAUUCAUGUUUUGAGGAUAAUUCUUGGUUUUUGAUACUGGGUUCUGAUUGUUGUUGAAUGUUGGAGGUUGGCUGAGGAGGUAGUGUAUAAGCCAUGGUUCUCGACAGCAUUCUAGCUUCUCCUCAUCGUAGGUCACCAUCAUUCAGGAAGCAAUUCUCACGGGAUGAUUCAUUAAGCUGGUCAACACUCCUCCAAAGGCACCGGUUCCUUUUAACAGCUCUAGUUCUCCUGGGUUUCCUAUGCACAAUCUAUCUUUACUUUGCUGUCACUUUAGGGGCUACCGGGUCAUGUUCCGGUUUGUCUGGGGCUCAAAAAGCAUUGUGUCGAUUAGAGCAUGCAAAGGAUUCUGUGUCCAAGGGGAAACUGAAAUUCCUUUGACACAUAGAUGACAAUUCAUAAUUGGGAAGUUUUUCCUUCAUUGUUUCUCUUUAAUUCCAAGGAGAUUGUAUUUAAAUAUACUAUUAAGUUAUAAUAGGAUGUGUGCUGUUUCUGAACUCGAUCGUCCUGAGUCUUAUAUACAAGAAAUGUAGCAAAAUUUUCAUUUGGAGACUAUAUGUAACAGGCUAACAGCCUUGAUGUUGUUAUUUUGUUUUCAAGAAGCUAAUGUUAUGUUCUUUGAAGAA